AUGGGCGACUAUUCCGAUAAUACAGAGUGGGCAGACGUGACCCCAAUCGAACUCGACGAUGGUGCGAGCUCUGACGCCAUGCCGCUGGCCACCAUCGCCUAUCCACCCGAGUACCUCGAGGCUACCGCGUAUCUGCGCGCCGUGAUGGCCGCCAAUGAGAUGUCCGAGAGGGCCUUGAAGCUCACACAAGAUGUGAUCUCAAUGAACCCGGCUCAUUACACAGUUUGGAUAUACCGAGCGAAACUCCUCUUCGCGCUGGACAAAGACCUCAAUGAGGAACUGAGCUGGCUGAAUGAUGUAUCAUUGAAAUAUCUCAAGAACUACCAAAUCUGGCAUCACCGCCAAGUUCUCUUGUCAUCAAAAGCACAUUUCCCAACCUUCCCGCCCAAGGAAGCAGAUUUCCUAAUGGAGAUGUUCGCCCAAGACUCCAAGAACUACCACGUAUGGACCUACCGCCACUGGCUAGUCCGCCACUUCAAACUCUGGGACCAACCCCGCGAGCUCGAAGACGUAGAAGCACUCCUCAAAGCCGACGUGCGCAACAACUCCGCCUGGAACCACCGGUACAUGCUGCGCUUUGGACCGCGGGAUCUAUCGAGCCCAGACGCAGGGAUGGUGAAUGCGGGGGACAUGGCCACGGCGCCGACCGAAAAGGGACGCUUACCUAUGGUCGACGAGGAUGUGGUUGAUGGUGAGCUUAAGUUCGCGCAGGAGGCUAUUUUGCGCGCGCCGGAGAAUCGGAGUCCGUGGUGGUAUGCGCGGGGUGUUUUGAGGGCUGCUGGGAGGGGGCUUGGGGAGUGGGAGAAGUUUGCUGCUGGGUUUGUUUCGGAGGGGGCCGUUAAGAGCUCGCAUGCGGUUGAGUGGUUGGCGGAUGUGUUUGCGGAGAACGGCGGCGAGGCGGAGGCGGUGCGGAUGCUUACUUUGCUCAAGGAGGAGUAUGAUCCUAUUCGGAAGAAUUAUUGGGAUUAUCGUAUUGGGAAGUUGGGACAGGGUGCUGCCGAUGUUGAUUCGAAAGUGACUUCUGUGCCGGUGAAGGCGUAA